ACUGAUACUCUUAAUGCUGCCAGAACUACAAUACGUCUAUUGGAGAGUCUUGUAAGACUAGCACAAGCUCAUGCUAAACUGAUGCUUCAUCCUCAAGUCAGUAUACAAGAUGCUGUAGUAGCCAUUAGUAUUAUUGAGAGUUCAAUGCAGGCUUCUACUAUCAGUGCUGAUGGUAAUGCUCUUCAUUCUUGUUUUCCUGAUAAUGUAACUGAGGAAUAUAAUACUCAAGGUAUUGACACAGUCACUCUCUUUACUAGUACAAUCCUUUCUCCCACUCUCUCUUCGUCUCCCCUCAAUUUAUCACAUCUCAAUGAUGACCUGCCUCAUAUUGCUACCCCUGCAACUGCACCUGUCACUUCUCCUUCUCUGUUGAAUGUAGGACCAGAUGAACUCACCAAUCUUGACUUGAGCUUUGAUACUUAAAUUAAAUUUUAUUACUUUUGAUAAGUGAAGUUUGUCUCUUUAUCUUUUGUCAACAACAUCCAAUAUAACUUUU